ACUUUCUGUACGCUCAACCCGAUCCAUUCCCCCAUUCCCCCCUACUCACUCCACACCUACAGACCCAGCAAUUGUCGAAUUGCCUCGUCUCGUCUGCUUUAUCUGACCUGUUGGGUCUGGCACAGACGAGCCAGAACGUCGCAGAUCCCUAUCAUCCCAAGAGCAUUGCUCCCCGCAUCAUCCUACGUCAGACACUCGGACUCUUGCAACUCCCGCGACGCCCUCAACCUCGCCUGCGCCUUGGCCCUGGCCCUGCAGCCAUGUCUUUCAAGGUCAAGGCCCUCUACGAGUACUCCUCGCCCCACGAGGACGACCUCAACUUCCCCCUCGGCCAGAUCAUCACCGUCACCGAGGAGGAGGACGAAGACUGGUACACCGGCGAGUACCUCGACGAGGCUGGAGCCAAGCACGAGGGCAUCUUCCCCAGGAACUUCGUCGAGAAGUACGAGCCAGUCGCACCGCCCCGCCCGACUCGAUCGAGACCCAAGAAGGAACCCGAGCACGCCGCCGACGAGGUAGCCGCCCCUCCCGAGGAGCCUGCCCCUCCCGCCUUCUCGCCAAAAGCAGCCGCUGCGCCCGAGCCAUUCGCCGCCCCCCACGAGGAGGAGCUGCCUGUCUCUCCGCCUCCAUUGCCGAGAGAGCCCAGGUCUCCUAUCGCUGUUACUGCUCCUCGCGCACCAGAGCCUGAGCCCGAACUACCCGCCUCGCCUCCCCGCGCUCCUGCAGCAGAGCCAGUUGCUCAGUCCCCGCCAAAGGCCGCGCCCGCUAAGAAGGGCCCGCCUCCCGUGACGCAGAAGCCGGCUAGCAGCUCCUUCAAGGACCGCAUUGCUGCCUUCAACAAGGGCGCUGCGCCGCCAAUCGCCCCCUUCAAGCCUGCCGGCCUGGGUGGCGCGUCCGGCUCUUCGUCCUUUAUCAAGAAGCCGUUCGUUGCUCCUCCACCCAAGGGAAACACUUAUGUACCGGUCCAGCGAAACACCCCGGUGGCCCCGGUCUACCGCCGAGACGAAGACCCUGAGAUCAAAGAACGGGAGGCUGAAAAUGAGGACUCUGCUCAGAAGGCAGGAUUGCUGCCCACCGAAUCGAAUGAGGGCGACGAGGACCAGCCGAAGCCCCUGAGUCUGAAGGAGCGCAUGGCAUUGCUCCAGAAGCAACAGCAGGAGCAGGCACAAAGACACGCAGAAGCUGCGGCCAAGAGGGAAAAGCCAAAGCGCCCGGCAAAGCCUCGCAUGCCCAGCCACGAACCCACCGCCUCCGAGGGCGCCGACGAGGAAGAAGUUGCCCAGCCGCCAACUCUGGACCGCACCGAUACUGGUGGGACGGGAGCCAGGGAGUCUAUGGACGAGUCGCAUCCCCCCAGAGUGCCUGCGCAGCCUCGCCGCAAGCCAUCCCAUGGCCCUGAGCCUAGAGACGGAAAUGAGGCAGACAUGUCAGGCGCUGGGGAGACAACUGAGGACCAGGCGGACCUCACCGAACGCGAUGACAGCGAUGAAAAGCCCCGGCGCCCUUCGCGAGUUGCCACAGAGUCCGCCGCAACCGAGGAGGCUCAGGACGAAGACGACGAGGAGGAGGAAGAGGAAGAAGACGAGGAGACCAAAGAGUUCCGGCGCAAGGAGGAGCUCAGGGCGAGAAUGGCCAGACUUGGUGGUGGAAUGGGUAUGCCAGGCAUGUUUGGCAUGCCCGUCCCUGGCGGUGCCCCGUCGCUGCCGCCAAAGAAGAAGAAGCCUUCCGCGUCCUCCGACAGACGUCCCAGCGAGGACUCCCAGCCGCUCGCCUCUCCAAUUGGGGCGCCUCCAGUUCCUAUGAUGAUGCCUCUGCCAGGCUUGGGCGGCCCCCGAAAGUCGGAAGACAAGACCCCUAUGAAUGAAGAGCCUCCUGCCGUUUCUGACGGGGAAGAUGAGGACGAGCCUGUGGCACGCAGUCCACCAGCUGUCCCAACCGCCACGUCGGCUGCUGCGCCGCCAGUUCCGGGUGGACGUCCUGCGCCACCCCGUGUGCCCACGGACUCGCGACCUCCCCCGCCACCUGCCCCUGUGGCAAACGUCGCCAAAUCUGAGGGAUCCGAAUCGGACGACGAGCUGUCAGGGCCUGGCGCCCCCGAAACGCCUCGUGGCGAAGAGCCUCCGGUGACUCGGGCACCGCCGCCACUGCCUCCCGUCUCUGCGCCAGCACCGCCUAUACCUACAUCUCCCCGGUUGCCGACGUCCCCUAAAUUCCAUGAUGAUUCUACCCCAGCCUCCCCAUCCAGCAAGAGGGCCAGCCGACCUCCACCUCCUGUCCCAGGCACGGCCCAAGCUCCGCCAUCUCAGACAAGACCGCCUCCGCCCCCUCCACCUGGAGGUCUCCCCAGGACUUCGAUUUCGUCUGACCGCCCAGGGUCGUCUGCCAGACCUUCAGCUCUGCCAGAGGACAACAAUGAGGGAGAGGUUACCGAGUACGAUGGAGAUUAUGAUACCGACAUCGCCUCGUCUGUGCCGCACAAGGACGCUCUGAAGGCCCACGGGCGCGACUCGAGCAUCGAGGACACCAUUUCAGUUGCUUCGCCAAAGGAAGGACCCCCCUCUCUGCCGCCACCAAUCCCAUCCGCUGCUGCCCCGAGAGCUGUACCUCCUCCGCCUCCAGUGCCGAGCCAGCCGCCACCAGAGAGUCGGCCGGAUACCCGGCGAUCUGUUGACGCCCCCCGAGCAGCCCCGCCUCCGCCCCCGCCCACGAACCUCGCUGCGCAAGAUGAGGACGAUUAUGACCCUUACAAUUACACAGCCGCUACGACGUCUCCUCGAGCUCCUGCUGCACCGUCCUUCUCUCAGCCACCGCCGCCGCCACCACGUCCAGACGACGACUACGAGGAGCCUUCCUACCAGGCACCACCCGAGCACAGGGCUGCUCCUGGCUCCUCUGGUGGCCGGCCUGCGCCUACUUCUCGCGGCUCGCUAGACGUCCGCACAUCCAGACGGUCCGUGGACAUGCUGAGCAGGCCGUCCAUGGAGUCCGGUUUCGUUGCCAAUGACAUUGACCUGGCCCCUCAGUCCGGAUGGUGGUUACAGCCAAACGGCUUGCCACCGCAGUUGCAAGGUCGUAAGGACAUUUUCUUCGAAUCCGACGAGUCCCAGUCGCGUGGCGCCAAGACGACAGUGACCCGCGACAUUUACAUCCUGUUCCAGGACUACUCCCAGACCGUCAUCACGGCGCGCUUUGACCCCCAGGACGCAAAGGACGUCCACCUGGAGCAGCGCCACGAGGGCCCACCCCGUAGUCUGCGACAGGACCAGCUCGAGGAGUCGUACGAGCGGUUCGGCCGCCCCAUCUCGGCCGCCGUGGCGGGCAAGAAGGACACGGUGGUCGGCGACGGCACGCCGCAGUCGCUGGUGCUGGAGCUCCUCAAGCCCUUCAAGGACGCGCUGCUCCCCGUGGGCACGCGCGCGUACGGCGCCCUGGUCUACUCGAACCUGGCCAACGCGAGCACGACGCAGGCGGACCAGAUCCGCGCCGGCGACAUCAUCAGCAUCCGCAACGCCAAGUUCCAGGGCAAGCACGGGCCCAUGCACGCCAAGUACAGCACCGAGGUGGGCAAGCCGGACCACGUGGGCGUCGUGGCCGAGUGGGACGGGACCAAGAAGAAGGUGCGGGCGUGGGAGCAGGGCCGCGAGAGCAAGAAGGUCAAGCUCGAGAGCUUCAAGCUUGAUGAUUUGCGGUCCGGCGAGGUCAAGAUCUGGCGCGUCAUGCCGCGCGGCUGGGUCGGCUGGGAGGGCCAGAACUAGGCGGCUGGGCCCUCCUGUGCUGCUGCCUUGCCGGUGCGCUGGCGGUGGUGUCAUGGCCACUACAACAACAACAACAGCAGCAGCAAUUGUGACGGUGCCUUUGCUCCGCCGCCGCCUCAUGUUGGCUCGGCCCGGCGGUAUCUCGCCCUCACCUCCUCGUCGCACUCGUCGGAGUGGUCCGACGGCGGGGCCGGGACCCGGUACUACGACGGCCCCCGCGCGGGGCAGAGCCUGCGCGGCAGCUUCGCGGACGGCAACCCCUGGUCUUAGUGCUACUGCUUCGCCGGGCGCGGGCUCAGCAGCACCAGCGAGGAGAGUAAUUAUUCCGCGGGGCGUGGUGGUGGUGGUGGUAACCGUGGGAGAAGUGGUAGGGGCAGGUCUGGUGGCUGACUGGAACUGAGCCUGUUGUUGUUGUUGUUGUGUUUUGUCUGUCUACGAAAGCAAGCAAGCAAGCAAGCAGCAUGUACAUGUGGGUUGGUGGUCUGUAUUGGUGCGUGUGCGUGUGUACGAAUCUUUCCUCUUGGGAAAGGCAUCGCAUCAUGUCACGGCAUGGUAUGGAGCAGAGCAGAGCAGAGCAGCAAGGCGUGGACGGACGGGCGGGCGGACUGUCGAUCGUUAUUGUGCCCUGGGUUGGUUGGGGGAGAGUCCUGUGGGGAGGAUGGGGAGCAUGUCGUGUGUGUGGCUGUUGUGUUGUGUUGUGUUGUUGGUUGGCUGGCUUGGCUGGCUGAGUUGAGUUGUGUAGCCAGCCACCUUGUCGUGCGUCGGCAGAUAUUACAUAUUUCUACUUCUUGGCUUUAUUGAGAAUUGUACUUGCAUCGCCGCUUUUUUCA